GAUGGUAUUGAAAGUUUUCUGGAAGUAAUAAAACGGUUUUUGUGUGACCGUUAGAAAAUGGGAUAAUUUAUUCGACUUGAAAUAAUAGGUUUACUACAUUACUUUUCCAUCAUAUAUAUUCAGUAUUUGUAUAUCACAUUGAAUCACGACAUCGAAAUACACAAAAAUUUUGGUCGAUGCUAUUCGAUAGUUCCUUCGAAGCUCAGCUGCUUAGUUGGUUUCCGUCGUGGCAAGCAAGUUUCGAUUUUUACUGGGAGUUUUGUAUAAAUAGAAGGCCCAUAUUGAUAGGACCAACAUUUCCGCACAGAGACACAUUUGAAACACGGCUAAAAUGAAAAGUAGCAUUAGUAAACAUAUAUCUACCGGUUGAACUUCAUAUCCGUGAGCACAGCUAACCAUUUUUUUGUACUUGCAACACCAGGGGAUAAUCACAUCGCGGUGUGACAUAGGUGAUAAUGACCAUUAUCACUAAAGGCUGAACUUUGCAGAACAUUAGCACCGCCUGCAGAGCAAAAUAUUUUGCCUGGGGAAGAGAAAUUACGAUGAUUCAGUUGCUUUGAUGGUACGGUAGUUCUCUGUUGUAUAAACUUACCAUUGAUUUAAGUUCCGCAUUAUAAGAGUCUACCAUCCGAACUGCUAUAUUUAGUCCCCAUACUCCAAUGAUGAUCGAAAGGACGAUGAAUGGUACAAAGUAUAGAAUUAUUUGGUUAAAAUUUUCCUGGAAGAAUACUCAAAUUUAGAUGGGUUCGCUGUUCGAUUUAAUAGUACCUAAAAUAAGCUGCAUCAAGAAUAUUCUCUGAAUUUUCAAAAUUUACGAUAAAUUCACUUUUAGGUAAAUACGAAGCAAAUGAAUAAUGAUGUUUCUAAUACCAAUAUUUUUAAACAGAUCUCGGGUGCCAACAAUAUUUUUCUGGGUUGUAGUCUAAAACUUAGCCAACUAAGCAACGUCAGCUCAACAAAACCAGUAACCGCAUCGCCUGGCCGAUAGAUCGCAAGCGGAUUAUUAUCGAAUCGAAUCUCACACUUGAUGUGUCUGGAUGGCUUUUCUUUUUUGCCCAUUUUGCGAAUAAGUGUCUUCACUCUAAUGAUGCGACCUAAGGCUCCACUCAACAAUUCGAUCGCUACUAACACGCUCGAGUGCAGAAGAAACAGUCUCAUUUUGUUUGCGCUUAUCUAGCGAUAAAGUCCUGAUAUCAGUGGACACAAUGUUUUCGUGAAUGAUAAACCAUUCCAUUUUCAGGUUGAAACUUUCUUACCUGAUUAUUACUAUUUUCAAUAACAGUUGAGAGCGUAGCAAAUCAGCAUUUCCCAGCUGUAGCUUAAAAAACUUUAGUGGAAAACCAUAUUUCAAAACGUUUGUUUUAAAAACAAAUUCGCUGGUUCUUACUUGUUAUCGAUGUUCAUUGAAACUCGAAAAGAACAUCCCCGAACAAGAUAACAUAUGCCGUCUAAUCCAGGCAGUAUUCGGUUGAUAAGAAAUAAUUGAUUCAUCAUAUUUUCGAUAAAAUCGGCUACUCUGUCGAAUAGUCAGUAUUUUUGCGCCUUGGAUUGUUUUAACAUGUCGAAAAAGUCCUAAUAAAAGGUGGCAAUGAAGAAAGAAAAGCCCUCGAAGAACGUUAACUGUGACAUACGCUUCGACAACAAUCCCAACGGUAUAUUCAAAGCCGGGGACAAGGUUACCGGUUCAGUAGUACUAACCUUGACCCAGUUGAAAAAAGUCCGAGGAGUAUAUUUAUUGGUUACCGGAUUUGCGGAUACUUUCUGGAGUGCCAAAGUACCCCAUGGUCCGAAAAACAAAAAAACCAAGGCUGAUUUCAAAGGUCAUGAAGAUUUCAUACGCCAAAAAUUGUACUUCGUGGGAUCGGACACAGGGAACUCAAUCGAUCUAGUCACUGGAGUACAGUACCAUUAUUUCAAGUUCGACAUACCGCCGAACGCACCGACUUCGAUGGAAGGAAAAUACGGCCACGUCAGAUACGCCAUAAAAGUAACACUGGAACGCCCAUGGAAACAUGAUCAUAACUUCCAAAUUCCCUUCACCGUGUUGGCUAAGGCCGAUUUGGAUGCAAAUAAUCCGGCCUUCAAAAACCCUGUCAAAGUGGUAGAUGAACUACGGUUCUACUGUUGGAUUUGCCGAUCGAAUCCGUUGAUAGUAGCUGGUAGCGUAAAACGAUCUGCAUUUGUACCGGGAGAUUCAAUUGAGUUGAUGCUGGAAGUGAAUAAUCUAUCCAAAGAAGAUGUAUCAGAAGGUGUGAUAAAACUUCAAAAAGUGACGAGGUUCACUAGUCAAACACAAAUAGUAGAGCAAACGCAGAUUAUAGCCGAAAAUGAGAUGAUCAAGUAUGAAGCAGUGGAAAUCCAAAAAACUUUGCCUGUGGCGAAGUUGUCUACUGUGACUUUCGAAAAGCAGUUUUUGGUAGGCCCAUUGACACCUACCGAAAAUCGAAACAGUAAAAUUAUUCAAGUCGGUUACCAGUUCGACAUUCUUAUCAAACCAAAGUUGUCAACGAAGAAAAUUGAAUUGACCAUUCCAAUCAUCAUUGGAUCGGCUGGAUUGAAGACUGAGGAAGCGAUGUCAUUCGUCCGGUCUUCCGGGAUCGAAAAAUUGUCUGCAGGUUUGAAUAGAGAUCAACCUUCUGCUCCGCCUCCACCGUACGUAGAGGAUCAGGACAGUUUGUAUCCGAUAAGUUCACUGCAGAGGGCAUACGAACGUGAUGGUAGUAUGGAAGAAUGGGAUGGCAGAAAUGAAUAAUAAAAUAAAAAUGAAAAAGUUAUCAUUUGUAAAGUAUUCUUUGUAAAAAUUCAUCGAACUAAAAGAAGAAAUUAAGCAAACUAGUCGUAAAUUUAAUUGAAGCUUCAUUACCUAAAAGUUCAAAUAAAUAAAUCUAGUUUUUUUGAAUAUAAA